AUGGAGUCUGAUCGGCAACCCGAGAAUGUGAACCUGCCAAGUCUAGAGAGGUUAGGGCUUCGCUUCCUUCUUCAUCUUCCGCAGGAGACAGAUGCAGACGCCCCAGCACCGAGUGAGAUCACAGGAUCUGGUCCCACCCUUCCACCCCCGACUUCUACCAACCCCCCGCUAUCGAGCCAAAGAUACCAGCUCAAGAGGCAACGACGCGUACAGUCAAGCGUCGGGCCAUCUAUUAGUCCUCGAAGGGGAAGGGGCUAUCUGAAAUCCCAAAGGUAUUUGGAGUAUAGGGCCCGGCCGCGUCGGGAUGUUGGCAAAGAUGGGGAGGUUGUGUGGUCAGACGAGCUGGAAGAUGCAUUUCAGCAAGCCCUUGGGGCACACCCACCGAUGGGGAGGAAAAAGUUAACGGAAAAUGGGAAAUCGUAUGGCCGAAAUGAACUAAUUGCAGAGUAUAUAUAUCGGCAGACUGGCCAGCGGAGGACGAGAAAACAGGUGUCAGCUCACUUGCAAUUACUUGAUUCCUUUCUCCAUGGUGACCCGGACUGGGAAAUGCUCGUUCGAGAGCAACCAACCAAGCAUUCACAUGACCCGGCUCAGCCUCUUGGUUCUAUAUGGAGGAGCUCGAAGGAUAGUGAACCUUCUAACCACUACAGUAACCAUAUUCAUGCCGUCCAGUGCCUUCACUUUGACAUGUGGGUGACUACCCCAAACACGCCGGACCGAAUCGAGGAUGCUUUACAUGUGUAUACCCGUCUCCAGGGGGACCAGGGUUUACCAUCAAUGCCAUCGGCACCACCAAUGCCAUUGGGGAAUAUCGGGGGUUGGCGAACUCACUUUCCGCAUCUGGCUGCAUUACUCUCGAGCAGCAGAGGCCCUUUGGGAUGUGAUAUUAUACUCUUCGAGGCCAACCUUGAGCUGUUAGAUGACUUUCCUCCUGUGGGGUCGAGGCUAGAAAUUUCCUUGGAGCUGGACAGAGUCAAUUCGAUACCUGGUAUCGCACCGAUGAGUAGCAUGAUGAAGGAUUGGACGUGCAGCAAUUACAUAUAUAAAAAUGGGCAGGCGACGAUACAAACGGAGCAUAAUCUCCCUCAGCCGCAUAAUACCACAACCAUCAAACCGCCGUUUGAGUCAUCAUGGUGGGAAAAGAUAUUCACACAACUUACCCAUCAAAAAAAGGAGAAUGGAAGAAUCGGACAGUAUGAUAUCAGUCAUGAUUCUACUCGGCGAUACUUUCGCUCCCUGAGCGCCGUUCAGGAGAUCCGGGCCCGUGAGCCUUUGGGUAACGAAAACAACAGAAUGGCCAUCCUUCUCUGGAAGUUUCGGCAGACGCGACCAGUAGAGAUUGGUACCACCACAUGGCGACGGCUGACCACUUCACCUGAUGCAAUUGACGUUCCUCCACUGUCUUUGGAUUCGGUCCUACUACAUCAAACCCCUCCCAGACCCGUAUACCCUCACCAGGUCCUUCAAGCUCAUGAUUCUCUGCAACACCCUGGUGCUGAUCACCCUGACUCUCAUCAACCCCGGCAACACCGACAACAGAGUCAUACGCACACCAGCCCCACACCCCGAGAUGUAUAUUCACAGGAGUGGGAUUCAGAUGAAUCAAUGGAUCUGAGCAUCGAGAACUCUGGAGCAGCCGAUAUCGCACAUCCCCUACGGUUAACCCAAAUUGGAGCAUUCACGGAUUCUGGCUAUGCGUCUACAAAUCUUGACAAACAUGGAUAUGUUCAAAAGCAUUUCAAAACUCCACCGACACAUGACUCCCUGGAGAUGACUACAGGCCAAACUGUGUACUCUGAUACAUCGAGCAUUGCUCCUUUGCGAAUGGAAAGCUACAUAUCUCUAUUUGGCGAAGAUUUGUUCAUGAAACUUGUCUCCUGGCAAGCUGAUGCGCAGGCAAUGGAGAGAAUUACCGAGGCUCUUCCUGAAUUGCUGAGGGUUUUCGCUCUCAAAAUUGGCCACAACGCACCCAGUCAGAUUCAUCGUGAUGUUAUGGUUUUUAUUCACAAGAACAGACACAAUAUCGUGAGCAAUUUCAAAGAGAGGUGUUCCCAUGAGGAAGAAAUUCUUUUUGAGGAUGGGACUCCCGACUCUCCCGACUCUAUGGGAAUGCCUCUGGAUGAGAAAUGGGACUUAUGGAACAAGCACCUAGAAGAGCAGCAAGAUCCCAAUCCGUCUUCUCCUUGUAUUAGUGAGCCAAUAACCGACAAUACGCAUACACAGGAGGAACAAGAAGAACAAGCAGAACAGGACGAAGAAUCCAAUAUGCCUGAGCUCUCUGUCUAUAAAAGUUUCAUUUCCAAUGUCGCAUCAUACGAAUGGCUUCUUUCCAGCUUACGCAGAGAGCUCUUCCUGGCCCCAGCGAAGCCAAAUAUCAUGGAAUCUAUCAGAAAAAAGAUUAUUACCUCCCUCCCAUCUUCUCACAGACUCAGCCGAACGUUAUCUGCAGAAGCCUACACCGUGACGUAUGUUGUCAAAUGGAAUCCGCUGGACUUUCUCGAUGAACAAGGGUAUCAGGAGGAGCCAGGCGAGGCACUCAAGGGAGUCAUUACACUUACGGGAUCAUCCGAGGAUGCGCAAGCCCUGUCUUGUACACAAUACUUGUGCCAGACAUGGCCUUCAACAGGUGGACAUAUACUCCAGCUAAUUAUGGAUAUCGUUCGCGCUGGACCCGGCAGUCGACAAACUUGUGAUUUGCCCGACAACACCAAGGUCGCAGCCUGUCUUACUGCGUCAGGUUUCAACGUUGAGGCGUUCGGCACGGGAGACUCGGUGGCCGAGAUCGGUGAACAGUUUGCAUGGCUGGGUGCUGCUCUACGCUCUUCGCCAUAUGAACUUGGAAUUGCGUACUGCACACCGAUUAUCAGUGACGUCCAUAUUUCUAGCGCAUCGCAGCAAGCGUCUCGGAGUCAGUCUUGUCCCCAUAUCCUUGGCAAGAUUGAUUUCGUCUUUCAGGAGAGAGAGAGGCAAUCCACAACGUCGAAUGCGCAAUGCUGGCACAACUUAUUCCGGAAUCCUGUUGUCGUCACAGGCUACCCAAUUCCAUGGAGGUCGGAGACUGGCACAGGCCUGGAGAUCCCACUUAACAUGAUGGCAGGAUUGGCCCGAACUAAGCGUGUCAACAGCUUCAACAAAAAGCUCUUUAUUAAGGGCUUUUCGACAAUUUUAAUUCCAACAAGACAAAAUGGACCCACGAUCCUCUGGCAUUUGAUGUAUAACAUAGAUCGAAGCCGCAUAUCCUACAUCCAACAUACUGUGCCUCAUUUGGAGGACAUCAGCAUCUUUGACUUGGAAAAGGCUCGGCACGUGCUUGGGUGGUGUUCCGAAGCCAGAUACAACGCUGGGGCUGCGGAGGCCAACUAUCUAAUCACGCCGUCACGGCUCCCAAGACCGCCGGAGGGUUGCAUAUACAACGAUAUCCGGUUAUUCAAGGGACAGAUCAUUCUUGGCAGUGCGUUCAGCAUGGGUCACAAAGACACCGCAAUCCAUAUAUCACGAAAUGGGUACAUAGAAAAGCUCAAGUCAAUCCGUCGGAGAUUCUUUGUGCUUUGGGACGAAGAAGACAAACGAGGAUGGUUAAUCAAUGGGGCCAGUGUUCUUUUACACUUACUUCGGGCCUCCCUGAAACACGACAGUAUGGAUGAACUAAGCACCGAAUUUCUCUUCAAUCCUGAGGAUCUGCAAGAAGCAUCUGAAACUCGCAGGGCUUUUUCUGCCAUCAAAGUACUCGCGAAUCAAAGCAACAGGAAGCUCCCAAUAUAUCUAGAAAAAGGAACCUAUCUUCGCCUGGAAGAUCGAGUUGAAGAGCUCUACGACACGUUGGAGAAAAUCAUGGACUACGAGGUGGGCAUCGCCACACCAAGCAGCGCAAAAUCAUCCAGACCCCGAAAAUACCUGGAAGGUUGGGACUUCAAUGACUUGGCUACCUGUCGCGAUAUAUUCUAUCCUCGUGUUGCCAAGCUCGAAACAAUUGGCAAGGGCUGGGUGGAUUUCAUCAGAGCUAUCCACGCAGUUACCCUGUUCGGUCGACGCUUUGGUGAAGUCAUUGAACCUUUCAGCACCGGCUCCUGUAAUAAAUGGACUGAAUUGCCAAAAGCCAUGUACUAUCUCGCCGCCUCUGUCCAUGACCUGAAAGAGAUCAUGGACAUGGAUGGAGAUUCAGAAGCAAGCCCAAUGGUAUUAGCACAUAAUGUCAUUUGGCACAAUCCAAUUGCCUUUGGAUCGUGUCAGUGCGAAUUGGACGGACAGGAUGAGCACUCGGAUCUUGUUCAAGUUCUUCUGCCUUCUGCUUUUAGGAAGAGACUACCCAUCAAUCAUGAGUUUCCACUAGAUGCUCGUGGUGCAGCUAUCUUCGGCCACAGUGAGUACUCUAAAUGGUCCUGGAAAGAUACUGGAUAUCCUGAAGAAGGAGAAUCAUCCCCGCCAUCCGAGACAUCCGAGACAUCCGAGGCACUUGAGAUCGAGUUUCAUGACAGUGGGAUUGCGUCUGACACGAACUCAUCCGCUCAGAAGGGAAGUCAUAUUUCAGCAGCUUCCAGCUCUCAACACCCAUCAAAUGACUAUGGAGAGACUCUUACUCGUGAGAGCUACACGGUAGGGAUCAUAUGUGCCUUGCAAAAAGAGCUCCGGGCGGUUCGCAUCCUCUUUGACAAGAGACACGAAGAUUUAGAGAGGGCCGUGCGAGACACCAAUCAUUAUGCACUGGGCCGUAUCGGGCGUCAUCACGUUGUUGCUGCAUGCCUUCCAUCUGGUGAAUACGGCACAAACGCCGCUGCGGACGUUGUGUCCCAUUUGACCAGGAGCUUUCCCGAGGUGAAGUUUUGUCUUUUAGUCGGGAUCGGGGGCGGAGUGCCUUCAAGAGACAAUGAUAUCCGACUCGGUGAUGUUGUCGUCAGUCAUCCAACCGACAUCCAUCCUGGGGUUAUCCAAUACGACCUUGGCAAGAACAUGGAGGAAAACAAGUUCGAACGAACGGCACGUUAA